AAGAAGAGGAGGAGGAAGUAGAGAGUCUUAAAAGCAUUCGGAAGUACCUGACCUCCAAUGUGGCUUAUGGCACCACAGGAAUCCGGGAUGUGCACCUGGAGCUGAAGGACCUGACUCUGUGUGGACGCAAAGUCUUGGAGGAGGAACUUUUUUUGGUCUCUGCUGUCUUCUCACUGGUUGUACCACAUUUGAAGAAGCUCUUGAAAUGGCAUCUCGUGGAGAUAGCACCAAAGUAGAUAAACUGGUGCGAGACAUUUAUGGAGGAGAUUAUGAAAGGUUUGGAUUGCCUGGAUGGGCUGUGGCUUCAAGCUUUGGAAACAUGAUGAGCAAGGAGAAGAGAGAGGCUGUUAGUAAAGAGGACCUUGCCAGAGCAACUUUGAUCACCAUCACCAACAACAUUGGCUCCAUAGCAAGAAUGUGUGCCCUUAAUGAAAAUAUUAACCAGGUGGUAUUUGUUGGAAAUUUCUUGAGAAUUAAUACGAUCGCCAUGCGACUUUUGGCAUAUGCUUUGGAUUACUGGUCCAAGGGGCAGCUGAAAGCACUUUUUUCAGAACAUGAGGGUUAUUUUGGAGCUGUUGGAGCGCUUCUUGAGCUGUUGAAGAUACCCUGAUUAUUGUUACCCAGAGAGCUUCCUGGAACCUUUCACAAUAGGAUCUAUGGACUUGUUUUUUAAGAGACUCAAGUUUUAUGAUCGUGUACUACCUGAAUCAGAAUGUGAAGCAACAAGUGUAUUUUUCCAAGCUAUCAAGAUAAAUUCUUAAAAAUUCUGUAUAAUCUAACAGCCAGUAAGGAAAGAUGCAUUAAGAACAAGUAACAGUGGAUAUUGUCCAGGCCAUAUGAAGAUUUGUUGUCUAAGUUGAUCUUCACUUAAACUUGCAGUGUUUUGAAAUCUCCACAUCACUCGCUGGAGAUGCUCUGGGAGAGCUGGCCUGCAUUCCCGUCUUCAGCUGGCUGGUUGUGUGUUCUGGUCAAACUUAACCAUAUACAUCGCAGACUGCUGUAUGUUGUUAGGAUCUUACUACAGUUUUGUCAGUAUGCCCUUGAAGAUAUUUGUAUGUUGCUUUGAUUUGCAUUUAGUCUUUGUUAACAUUCUGGAACAUGGUUUAUUUCAAGGUUCUAUAUAAACUUAACUGGGCAGGUUUAUGCUAUACCUGACACUUGGUAAGUGGUUUUGCAAGUGCAGUUCCCCUUACUUUGUACUGUUAAUCCUUGGGGAGCUUGUGUGGAAAUAUAUAAUUUCUGGUAGAAUUGCUUGGGUUUAGGGGGAUUAGGGGCUUGAGAGAAGUAGGUACUAGGUGAAAGCACAGUACAGACAACUAGCGUAGCACAUGGAGCUGUUUAGAGUUGACAUCUUUUCAGAGGGUUGGAUGACAGUUACUCCUUCAGACUGGAUAGUACAGGAGCGACGAGUAUCCACUGAAGAACUUGAGGGAAGCCUGCAUUUAGGGUUCCUUUGGAGCAGCGGCAUCUGGCAUGCUUGUGGAAACAUGUUUUAGGAGACUACUUGAGACCGAUAGGUUGUUGGUAGGGCUGAGCGUCCUUUCUGCUCUGCAGAGUAAUUUCAUCUCUUAGGUCUAAAUAGAUACCUAUGUUGCAGUUGGAAGGAAGACCCUAAGCUCUGUGGCUACAAGCCUUUUAGCUGUGGGCUUGGAUGCUGUGGUCUACACAGUAUGGAGCUUAGGACCUAGCUGGCCAGCCUGAGCCUGCCUGCAGGAUUCCCAAUAACCAGAGGGACAGCUGCCUUCUAAUAUGAGCUUUGUCAUUUAGUAUGGGUGCUAUUGGGCUGGGGUCUUGUGCAGUGCAAAGUACAAAGGGCACUACACCUUUUGGCUGCUGCCACUCCAGACUCACCCUUCUCAGAUGACUCAAAACUUGCCUUCCUUUUGGCUCCCAGUUGUCUGCUUGGUGCCAGUUUAUUCCUCAGAGAUGCCCCUACCAUUCAACCAUUUUGUCUGUGCCAGAGGCGUUCCUAUUCCCCUGGACAGGUAAUUUCUGUAAACUUAGUACUGGCCUGGAGCUCUGCGCUAUGCUGCCUGUCCCCUAGCUUUCUGAGGGUUGUAACCCAUGCUCUACAUGGGUUGUCUCUUAUCUCAAAGUUCCCAGUUCCCACAGUAUAUAACAAGGAAAUAAGCAUAGGACAGCAAACUUGCCUAGAUCACCCAACUGGGCAUGAAUCAGACACCCUUCUGGGGCCAUUUGGCUCCAGAGUUUACCUGGGAAUCCCUACCUGCCUUUACAUUUGUUCCAUGUACACUCUGAAAAGCCACUCCAUUUCCUCUUCCAUUUUAUACCCAACUUAUCCUGUCAGCCCUUGGGAGAGUUUCUUUUUCUUUCCCCUUUCCCUCUCUGUACAGUCUCGUAGCCCAGACUGGCCUUGAAUGCCUGAUCCUUCUGCCUCUACCUCCCAAGUGUUAGAAUUAUAGGUGUAUGCCAGCAUAUGUGGCUAUGAGAGGGGCUUUUAACAGGCUACCAGCAAAUCCCAUUAUAAAGGGCAUCUCAGGGGUCUCAUCUUACUCUGGUUUAACAUGCUGUUUCUGUUGGCCAGAAGUGAUAGUUCUACCCUCAGGCUUAGUCAUGGAUUUUUCCCCAACUUUCAGUAAUGUUCACCUGGACACAGUUCUAGCCAGAUACUGUCGUCUCCUCUGUCAUCUGUUUUAUCUACAUGGGUUGUCCCUCUGUACCUCAAAUUUCCCACAGUAUAACAAGGAAACAAGCCCAGAGCAGCCCUCUUGUCUGGAUGAAGUUUAUAACAUUGCCCAGGUUCAGCUACAAAGAUUAUGUGGUUAGUCUUGGGAAGUUUCCCUGAAGCCACAGGCUUGAAGCUGAGCAGCAACAAUGGUCCUGUGAGAGGUAAGGUGAGGAAAGCAGCAAUAGUUAUGUUUAUAGGAUUCGGGACCAAGAUUCUUGACCUCCCCCUCACUGAUGUCUGAUGUUACCAGCAUAGCCUGUUUCACCUGUACCACACACAACAGGCCAGAAGCACUCCAUCACACUCGACCUGUCCUGAUGAAUUGUUUCAUUUAAUGAGGACCACUCAAGUUUUGCAUCAGGUGUUUAAGUUGAAAGGUACAUGCUUGAUACAAAAGUAUUUUCAAAGUCUGCUUUCUAUUUACAUGUAUUUGAGUCAGUUACAUGCAUAUUUUUAUUAAACAAGUGAUUAGCAAAAAAAUGCAUUAAAGUUAUAAAAUAGCAAUUAAAUAUACAAAAAUAUAGCUUACAAAAACAAAUGUUUAAAAAUAUUCUGCUGCAGAAUUCUUAGUAUACAAACAUGUCUAUGAAACCUGAGACUCAGAAUUUCAUAAACUUUAUUUUGAGAUAUAUAUAUAUAUAUAUAUCUCUAGUGGAUAAGCCCCAUUGGGCUUCACCUCAAGACUAAAGUGCCUCUUCCUGGCCAUGACCUGUCAAGAGACUGAGAAACAACAGUUCUAGGGCACUUUUGGAAGACCUUGCUGUCACCAGGAGGACUCACUAACACUGGCCACCCUGUUCUUCCAUACAAGCUGGGCCUGACGGGGUAGAAUGGAAGAGCUUUAGUAGAGCACAAAUCCCUUGAUGCUGGCAGAGCAUUAUGUGUUCUAAGCUAUCAAUGUAGCAGUAGCAUUCUCUCUGACCCUGUGGCUGUAGAAGCAAGCACUGGGUUAAUCAAGUAAGUGUUGAAGCUUGGUUUAAAUAUGGAAUAAAAACUUACCUUGCAA